UCAUUUCCGUGACGGCGGUGUUUACGCUGGGUGUGUCAAAGUGUUCUUCCUCUCUCUCCUUUUCUCGUCCCCUUUCUCUCUUCCAUUAAUGUAUCGUAGUCAGCUCUCUUGUUGCCCCUUCCUUCCGUUUUCGCUUCUCUGCCACUCUCCGCACUCCACUCUCUGCCGCUCGUGGAUCCUCGGAAAAUGGUGAUGCAUUGCAUUCUCAGAGCCUUUGUUGUGCCGCACGCCCACGCGCGUCCCUCUACCUUUGGAAAUCGAGUAUCGUUCGCGGCCUCGUGUGCAUCUCUAGAGAUACGAUUUCCUACCGUAUUCGAUCGAACCACCGCGUCCCCCGCUCGUGUUCCAAUGUAAAAGUGGAAGCUGCGACAACGCUCAGAGGAAUCUUUCGAUCAUGCCCACAUUCCGCGUAGUUGCAUCCUCCUUCCAUUCUUCGCAAUACAGUGCACUGACCCUAUGCGCGUCGUGGCGUCUUCAAAACUUUGAACGAGAAGACGAAACUUUCCCCCGUGUGAUCGAAGACAUUUUUUUUUCUUAUUAGUUGUGCGCCAACCGACACAGAGGUGUAUUCCAGUGUGGAUAGAUUCUCCCGUAGGAGCCAUGAGUUAUCAAAUGUCUUCGAAUCAAUCCAGACCAAUGUCUCAUGGAAAUUAUCAGGGUUUGGGUGAUCUACCCAUGGGAUCUGCCAAAGAACAAACUUUGAUGUGGCAGCAAAAUUCUUACAUGGGUGAUUCAGGAAUACAUUCUGGCACUGUCACCCAAGCUCCAUCUUUGUCAGGCAAAGAGGAUGACGAGAUGGAAGGUGAUCAGCUGAUGUUUGAUUUGGAUCAAGGAUUUGCACAGGGUUUUACUCAAGAUCAAGUUGAUGAAAUGAAUCAACAAUUGAAUCAUACAAGAUCUCAGCGUGUUCGCGCAGCUAUGUUUCCUGAAACAUUGGAGGAGGGUAUAGAAAUUCCUUCGACACAGUAUGAUCCGGCUCAACCUACAGCUGUACAGAGAUUGGCAGAACCGAGUCAAAUGUUGAAGCACGCGGUUGUCAAUUUGAUAAACUAUCAAGAUGACGCAGAUCUUGCAACACGUGCAAUACCAGAAUUAAUAAAGUUGUUAAACGACGAGGACCAAGUUGUUGUGUCUAAAGCAGCGAUGGUAGUUCACCAACUUUCCAAGAAGGAAGCAUCUCGUCAUGCUAUUAUGAACAGUUCACAAAUGGUAGCUGCUUUAGUUCGUGCCAUUUCAAACAGUGACGACCUAGAAUCGACGAAAGCAGCAGUCGGCACCUUGCACAAUUUGUCUCAUCAUAGACAAGGUCUGUUAGCCAUUUUCAAAAGCGGAGGAAUACCAGCUCUUGUGAAGCUUUUGAGUUCUCCAAUGGAAUCCGUAUUGUUUUACGCAAUCACGACUCUCCAUAAUUUACUUUUACAUCAGGAUGGUUCUAAAAUGGCUGUACGGCUUGCCGGAGGAUUACAGAAAAUGGUUGCACUACUACAGCGGGAUAACGUCAAAUUUUUAGCUAUAGUAACUGACUGCUUGCAAAUUCUUGCAUACGGUAAUCAAGAGAGCAAAUUAAUUAUAUUAGCUUCUCAAGGACCAAUAGAGUUGGUACGCAUAAUGCGUUCUUACGAUUAUGAGAAGCUUCUAUGGACGACUUCAAGAGCCUUGAAAGUGUUGUCCGUUUGUCUUAGUAAUAAACCGGUGAUAGUCGAAGCUGGUGGUAUGCAAGCUCUUGCUAUGCAUCUCGGUAAUCCAAGCCAGAGACUCGUCCAAAAUUGUUUGUGGACGUUACGAAAUUUAUCGGACGCUGGCACCAAAGUCGAUGGAUUAGAGGGUUUAUUACAGAGUCUUGUACAAGUUCUUAGCUCCACCGACGUAAAUGUCGUUACAUGUGCCGCUGGUAUCUUGUCGAAUUUGACUUGCAAUAAUCAACGUAAUAAGGUAACAGUAUGCCAAGUGGGAGGUGUCGACGCUCUUGUACGUACAAUCAUUUACGCGGAUAGUCGGGAGGAGAUCAGCGAACCAGCGGUAUGCGCGCUUCGUCAUUUAACGUCACGUCACGUGGAAGCGGAAAUGGCACAGAAUUCAGUCCGCCUAAAUUACGGAAUUCAGGUUAUAGUAAAACUUUUACACCCGCCCUCACGUUGGCCAUUGGUUAAAGCUGUAAUAGGAUUAAUUCGCAAUUUGGCGCUUUGUCCCGCGAAUCACGGGCCGCUUCGUGACCAUGGCGCGAUUCAUCAUCUGGUCAGGCUUUUGAUGCGUGCUUUUCCCGAGACACAACGACAACAACGUUCAUCCGUGGCAAGUACUGGAAGUCAGCAAACAUCAGGCGCGUACGCGGAUGGCGGUGUUCGAAUGGAGGAAAUAGUGGAAGGUACUGUGGGAGCGCUUCAUAUCCUCGCGAGGGAAUCACACAACAGGGUCAUUAUCAGAUCUCAGAACGUAAUUCCGAUCUUCGUACAGUUGCUAUUUAACGAGAUUGAAAAUAUUCAACGCGUCGCAGCUGGCGUACUUUGCGAACUUGCCGCGGACAAAGAAGGUGCCGAAAUGAUCGAACAAGAAGGUGCUACUGCUCCUUUAACGGAGUUGCUUCACUCUAGAAACGAAGGUGUCGCGACUUAUGCGGCAGCUGUGCUAUUCCGCAUGAGUGAAGAUAAACCACAAGAAUAUAAGAAACGACUCUCCAUGGAACUCACCAACUCUUUGUUACGCGAGGAUACAAACCUUUGGAAUAACGCUGACUUUGGGAUGGGUCCAGAUCUACAGGACAUGCUUGGCCCUGAUCAAGGCUAUGACGGUAUGUAUGGACAAGGACCUCCUAGUGUACACAGCAGCCACGGAGGUCGAGGGUAUCAACCGCAAGGUUAUGACCAGAUACCAGUAGAUUCGAUGCAAGGGUUGGAAAUAGGUGGAGGGUCGACAUAUGGCGCGAUGGACACUAUGGACGUAGCGCACGAGGGUGACCUGAGUUUCGAUCAUUUAGGAGAGCUUCCUGCACCCCCGCAAGAUAAUAACCAGGUUGCAGCUUGGUACGACACCGAUCUAUGAAAUUGUGCCAGCAUCGUAUCUCGCCAGAGAAACGGAUCCGUGAGGCUCUUAAGUAAUUUCAAUACGGACUAGUAGUAUCAUUAACGUAACUACGCAAUCGUGGCGGUACUUUGCUUCGUUCGAUGCUCUGUACGCGCCUCCGAUCGCUGUCGAUGUAUUAGACUUAAGUGAGAGACACGUAAUUCAUACACACCAUGUAUAUGUAUCAUUUAAUUGCUCAUACGAAUAAACUGAACGAUUAAGUAUUCAAA